GUCCAUCUUGAUCGUUGAAAAUAAGACGUUGAAGUUGACUAUGCAGCAGUUCAGGUCUAGCGAUUCUAGUGGAUUUAGAAAUUACUCUGACUCUCUAAUACAACCACCGUCUCCUAAUAAGCCCGCGCGUACUUCCUCAGGCGGUAAGACCAAAUCUCCGGCAGUCAUACAUAUGGAGUCCUCCGUCACUCGUCUCCUAGUAGCUACCAAACAGCUCCUCGAAGCACUCAAUUUGUGGGCACAGGGUCGUAUGUCCGAAACUGGCGUUAGUGACGUAUACGUAAAACUGGGAAAUGAUUUCAACGCAGCCGUUGCUGCUUUUGGCAGCGUUAGAAUCGAUAUGGCUGAUCUCAUCAAUAUCCCAGACCAGUUGAGGCGUCAUCUCGAGAGCGCGCUCAGCGAGACGGCAUCAACAGCCGUUUUAGAUCAAUACCUCCCAGAGAUCAGAACUAUCAUUAUUAAUCUUCUCCAGGGUCUGAAAGAUAAGCAAGCACAAUGGCGCAGACACCUUGCUGAGGAGAAGCGCAGACACGAGAAUUCACGCUUAUCACGCGCUUCACACGCAUCCUCUCGAGACUCCGUUCUCUCAGAGCUAGCCGCUCGUCGUCAGGUCCAGAUGACGUCCCCUAGACCUGCACCUCGUGGUGAUGAGUUCAGUCCGUCUUCCUCAACAACAUCCUCAUCUCGCAAUCUAGUAUCCCCACCUCCCCAGCAAGGUGCCCAACAGGCCCAGCUGCAGCCUCCCCCAGAGGUUCUUCGUCCACCACCUCCACCCCCAACUAUACAAUUUCCUGAACCAGAAGUAGCUUCGUCAUCAGCAAAGCAAUCCCCACAACUUAAUAACCCCCUUGCGGAGCUCAAACGACAGGACCCACUCGAACGUAGAGCCAGUAAACGAUUUUCGUCAUACACAAUGGGUAAAAUGACUUCUUCUGCUUCUGUGUCAGGUGGUAUCUCAACUUUAGGUGCUCCUUUACCUAAUGGUACACCAUCAACUGAACGUAGAACUAGUAGAAGAAUAUCAAGUAUUAGAGCGAAUGGUACUCCAUUUAUACCCGAUAACGCACCACCUUUACCACCAAUACCUGACGCUGCUAAAUUGCGUAGAGAAAGCGACUCUCAAUCCUCGCUUGUCGAGUCUACUUACCAACCAGAAAGAGUAUCUGAAAAGGAUGAAGAAGAGGAAGAAGGUAGUGUCUAUGAAUCACCUUUUAAUAUAUACCUCACUAUUGGACACCAAACUAAGAAAACUAAAAUAGAAGACAAAUCUCUAUUAACACUUGCUGGAAUAAGGAUGAUGUUCAUUGAUAGAUUCGCUUAUUCAUCCGGUUUGGAAGACUUUCCAUUGAUAUACCUCCGCGAUCCAUCUGCAAAUGUGGAUUAUGAGUUGGAGGAUGUAAUGGAUGUCAAAGAAGGUAGUGUCUUGAGUUUGAACAUAGAACCACUCGAUCAAGUAAAGCAACAUUUUGAUUUAUCAAUAAAUUCAGUCUCACAAGAACUCAAAGAAUUGAAAAAUGUAUUAUCAGCCAAUACCAGGAGAUUCUCCUCUUUGGCGCAACCACCUCAGACUUCAGCUGGUAACGCAAUUGGAAUGGGUAUGCCAAGUGCACCAGCAAGUCAGAGACCUACUGAAAAGCAAUUCAAGGCUGCUGCUGAAGCCCUCCAAGGCCAAUCUGCGAGACCUUCCCAACAAUUACGUAUUGAAACACCUUCCACAGACGUCAUGAAAAAGAUACGCGACCUUCAAGCUCAGUUCGAUAAUGUACAAGCUGUACGAAGAGAUCUAGGUAUUACGAAACAGAUAUAUAUCGACUUUAUGAAUGAAACGAAAGAUCAAAUUAACGAAUUGAGGACAUCAACUAAUAAAGUUCGCGAAUUGGCUAAUACUGAAAUUGGUGGUGCAAGAGCUUAUAUAGAUGUUGGAAAAUCCUCACUUGAUGGUCGCUCACAAGAAGUUCUCACUCGUAUGGAAGAGAUUCAAGAUACAGUUGAUGAACUCAAACAUGAUGUUAUCGCCAGACGGACGAAACCAAGACCAAAUGUACUAAAAAAUCUCAAGAAUGACUUUGAAAAGAUAAAAGAAGAACUUGAAGCACUUGAACAACAGGUCGAGACUGUCAAACCAAUGUGGAAGAAGACAUGGGCUGAAGAGUUACAGAAUAUCGUCGAUGAGCAGGGCUUCCUCAAUCAUCAGGAGAAACUCCUGGCAGACUUGAAAGACGAUCAUGCUGCAUCCCUUACUGUUUUCCAACAAGUUGAGCAAGUCGCUUCUAUCAGAUCAGCUCAACCUACUAGAAGAGUUGUACCUGAGAUUGAAACGUCAAGUGAUCCUACCCAGAGUCUCGAUACAGUUUUGUUGGAGAUAAGGAACAGACAGAAUGACCCAGAGAAACGCCUUAAAGCUAUAGAAGCGGCUGAAAAGCAACGUGAAAGGGACGCAGAGGCGGCUAAAAAGGGUGGACAUGAUGCCGAAUUCGCAAACGAACUUGUUGAUUUUGUCGACAAGAAGAGCCUCAAGAAGACAGGAGGAUUCAAUGAAAUAGAAAGAGUUAGGAGGAAGAAAGACGAUGUCGCCUUCCAGAACAUGUUCAAGACUGAGGAUAGUGACAACGAUGAGCUUAUAUAUCAACAGCAGGAAACACAAAACGAGUCUAGAGAUGCAGAAGAAGAAAAAGAAUAUAAAGAUGAGGAAGACAGAGUUGAUACACCAGAAGCACAGCAGACACCCGAAGUGUUCCAAGAUGCAGCCGACGAUGCGUCUAUAAUAGAUAACGAAUCGUCAUUGAUAGCAUACACGAAAGACGAAGGAGAGAAACAGCGGUAAAGAGCGUUAAGAGUCUUAAAAUAAUAAAAUAAGUUGCUUAAUAAUAAUAAUAAUAAAUAGUACCUUCGCAUUU